AUGGCGACCCACGAGCAGUACAUAUUGCACGUAACAGCAGGCGCAACAUACGACACCUCGAAACAUCAAGAUGUACUUGUAAACAGCGAGAAGCCGGUGGACGUAUCCUCCGAUCUGAUCGACGCGAGAAUACAUAUGCGCAUCAAAGACUACCGAGGCUUACCUGAAGGCUCCCCGAAAACGUCUCCUUACUUCUCGACUCCCCAACACCCAUACGACCGCUACUCGAUCUCCUUCUCCUUCACCCCUAAACAAGACAUCGCGGGCGACAAACUCGUCUUCGGAAACGACUUUGAUCACCCAAUACGCGAUCGCCUACCCCCGUUGUUUGACAAGGCGUUUGGAAUAGUCAAGUGGUGGAUCGAUCCGGGUCUCGAUGGCGACGUAUACGCCGACGAGCCGUACCUAUACGGCGCGCUGUUAUCUUCUAUAAACGUGUUCAGGAUUGGCAGCAAGGCAGAAGGAGAUAAGCCUAGUGGGGACGACCUAGAGGGCGAAGCGCAGACGCAGGGGGAUGUUGAAGUGCCUGGAUCAGAUGGUGAGGCUAUCGUCUACGAGGAGGGUGCAGACGGCGACGGAGUCGAAGUCAGGAAAGAAAAGCGUGUACCGGAUAAAUCUGGAGCGAGGCAAAAGUUCUUCCUCACGGAGCAAAAUCGAAAGGAUUUCGUGUUCGAGGCGGGGAGGGAAUACAAGUGCGACUUCUUCAAUCCAUACCUUGACUUCAAUGAGUUUGCGCUGAAGAUCGGGUAUGGGUUGCCUAACAUCAGUAUGAUCGGGCAUUGGGAUGGGCAGCCCCUGCGAUAUGUGCUCAAAAACCGGGAAACCAACCAAGAGCUCUUUGUUGUAGUGAUCGAGCUGCUGCCUACCGACCAGGCGAGGGAAGAAGGUGCGGAGGAUCCCAGGGAAAAGUUUGAGCAAGUACAUGGAAGUGAGAAGAAGGAAGAGAAGAAUGAGGAUUUGGAUUAG